UCGAUUCCCAAAACUCUCUCUCUCAGACACACACACACUUUCCUUUUUUUAUUCGUCUCAUUUUCUUUUUCUCUCAUGACGAGUAGUAGUGGAAGCCUCAAACUAGUGAUCCACACCGACGACAAGACGCCAGGAAAGUGGAGCGUACCGCUCAGCGAGGAAGUUUUCCGGAGGUUCUUAAGCGGUGGAGGCAGCUCGGAGAAAGCUGUGUUCAGCGAGGGAUCUAUCUUCAGCCCGUUUUUGUUCGGGAAGUACUUUGAUCCGUCAGAUGCGUUUCCAUUGUGGGAAUUCGAGGCAGAUGUUUUGCUAGCAAGCCUCAGGAGCGGAGGACAGUGCAGAGUAGAUUGGUCGCAGACCGAUCAAGCUUAUGUCCUUAAAUCUGACCUCCCCGUGGUGGGGAAAAAUAACGCGCAGGUGUACGUUGACGUUAAUGGAAAAGUGAUGGAGAUUAGUGGCCAAUGGAACAUUAACAAAAAAACGGCGGCUAAUGGCGACUGGAGAACCGGCCGGUGGUGGGAAUACGGCUACGUUCGCCGUCUCGAGCUUCCAGACGAUGCUGACCCCCAGAGCUCCGAAGCUUUCCUUUCCAACAAAGAUGACUACUCUUUCUUAGAGAUCAUAAUCCCCAAGAUUAACUCUAAGAACAAAUUCUAAUUAAUGAUACUCUUUCUUAAUUAUAGAGUGGUAUGUACUACUUUCUGUUGUGGACGAUGAAUGAUAUAAUACAUGCAUAUAUGAUAUAGUUGAUCGGAAAAUCGUAUAAGUACAGAGACAUUUACGAUUAUAGACAAAGAGUAGAGUUAAAGAACACAUGUAAUACAAGGUGAAUACCCAUCAAUAGGUA